GACCAGGCCAACCUUUCUCCUCUGUGUCACCCACGAGCUUAGCAGGCGUCUUUCUUCCCUGAGCAUCAGGCCGAAGGAAAAGUGGCCUUGCUGGUUUCUUGUGUGCUGUUGAAAGCUAAGGUGUGUGAAGAAACAGGCACUAAUUGGAAUGGGAAAGAAGAGAGGUUCCUCUGAGACUGCAGAGCCGCUUCUGCGAGUGUAGGCAUUCAUAGUAACAGCACUGAAUAUGCAAAAUCAUGAAGAUGUCACUGGGGGCCUGGUCAUAACACUAAGCCUGAAGAGCAGAAUCAUGGAUUACUACGGGAAGUAUGCAGCUGUCACUUUGGCCAUUUUGUCUGUAUUUCUGCAUCUUCUUCAUUCUUUUCCAGAUGGAGAGUUCCUCAUGCAGGGUUGUCCGGAGUGCAAGCUAGGGGAGAACAGAUUCUUCUCAAAGCCAGGAGCGCCAGUUUACCAGUGCACUGGAUGUUGUUUCUCACGGGCCUAUCCCACUCCUAUGAGGUCAAAGAAGACAAUGCUGGUUCCAAAGAACAUUACAUCAGAAGCAACGUGCUGUGUAGCAAAGGCUUUUACCAAGAUUACCCUUAAAGAUAAUGUGAAGAUAGAGAACCAUACGGAUUGUCACUGCAGUACCUGCUACUAUCAUAAAUCCUAAAGCCGGUCCCUUUGUUAAUGAUCAAGGACAACGGUUUUUCAGCUUUUAUAGCAUUACUGUGUAAAAUCUUAUGUUUUCUGGUCAAGACACUGAGUAGACCUUCCAAUAAGAUGGAUGGCUGUUUUAUUUCCUCUUUGCUUCUUCAUGCAUUUAAGUAAGUCUAAUUAUUUCCAUUAGGGAUAAAAUACAGCACUUGCAUGACAACGAAAGGCUUGAUCUAUUUUUAAAAUAAACUGUCAGUUAAAUCAUCAAUGUUUCUUGAGGAAAAAUGAUGAUCUAAUAGCUUAAAACAAAAGGAAAAGAUUUUGCUGGAGUUAA